AUGUCGAACCUUUUAGGCAAACUCACGAACCAAUUAUCCGGCCAAAAGACGACGUCAGGCUCGCAACAGUCAUCAUUUUCUGGCAUCCAACACAAGAUCACUGAUGCCGUGACCGGGCAGAAGCACCCUCAAGAUUAUCAGAGUCAACCACAAUCUGAUGCCGGUGGCCACGGCGGGUACCAAGGAGGACAGGAAAGCUACAGAGGCGGCCACGGUGGUUAUGAGGGCGGUGGCCACGGCGGGUACCAAGGAGGACAGGAAAGCUACAGAGGCGGCCACGGUGGUUAUGAGGGCGGUGGCCACGGCGGGUACCAAGGAGGACAGGAAAGCUACAGAGGCGGCCACGGUGGUUAUGAGAGAGGUGGCCACGGCGGGUACCAAGGAGGACAGGAAAGCUACAGAGGCGGCCACGGUGGUUAUGAGGGCGGUGGCCACGGCGGGUACCAAGGAGGACAGGAAAGCUACAGAGGCGGCCACGGUGGUUAUGAGGGCGGUGGCCACGGCGGGUACCAAGGAGGACAGGAAAGCUACAGGGGCGGCCACGGUGGUUAUGAGGGCGGCCACGGCGGGUAA